CUUUAUCAUACUCUGUCGUUGUUACGAUCUGAGAAAGAGACCAGAUCAAUUGUAGAGCCAUCAGCAGACAUGUCGACCACUACAACGAUAGUUGCUCCCCCCGAGCAGCAGUACGAGUACUACUUUCGCGAUGGAACAAACGACAACAAACGAGAGAUCUUGACAGGCGACAAGGCGGUGGAAACGUUUGAGGAGAUCCCUGUCAUUGACGUUGGCAAUAUUUACAGUGAGAAUUUGGAAGAACGCCGGCAGAAAGCGGAAGAGGUUGCAAACGUUUGCAAGACCGUUGGAUUUAUGUAUAUCAAAAAUCACGGCAUCUCGCAAGACUUGAUUGAUGAGGUGUUUGAGCUUUCGCGCAAAUAUCAUGAUCAACCACUUGAGGUGAAGAUGAAGGAGGAUGUUUACAAGUCGGAGACUCUCAGAGGCUAUGAGAGAGUCAUGGCUAAGUCCGGCACAACAGUAAAGAAAGGAUCAUUCCUGUACAGUUAUGACCCAGACAACGACCCGCAACCGCCUCAAUUGUCACCCGAACAGCGCGAGCUAUGCAUCGGCAUCCACAAUCAAUGGCCAGAAAAUUGGCCAGAGUUCAGAACCAAACUUUUAUUAUAUCAGGCCGAGCUUUUGAAAUUGUCUCGCGCUUUGCUCCGGACGUUUGCCCUCGGACUAGGCGCCGAGGAGAACUACUUCGACUCCAUCGUUACUGCGCCUUUCAUCUCAAUCAUUCUGCAAAAUUAUGCGACUCGACCCCCCGGUGCGGAAGAUCCGGACAGUCUCGGCGCACACAGUGAUUUCGAAACCUUCACAAUCUUGCUCCAGGACAUGUUGGGAGGCCUGGAGAUCCUUAAUAAGAAUGGCGUGUACGUCCCAGCAAAGCCUAUCCGUGGAACGUUUGUCGUCAACGUUGGCGACUUCUUGCAGAGAAUUUCCAACGACCAAUUUGUAUCGACUGUGCACCGGGUCCGCAAUACAUCGGGACUUAGUCGCUACUCGGUUCCGUUCUUCUUCAGCUUCAACGCCGGAGAGGAAGUCUCGGUCGUCCCAGCCUGUACAUCAGCAGACCACCCAGCCAAGUAUGGGCCAAGAAACCUUCACGAGUACACCGCGGAGAGGCGCCGAAUCAAGAAAGAACAGCACGAGCAAGGCGUUCACCAUGCGCUCGGAUAGAUUCAAUGAUCGAGGCAGCACAGACGCAACUGAGUCGGCAUGACAGUAACGACGGGCAUGAUCUCAAAGACCUUAGCAGUAAGACUGAGCGCUUUCUUGACGGAAACCAUAAUGAAGUGGGCCAAACAUGUGGCGCUCACCAGCAUCCAGUGAAGGAUGUGCUUCAAUUUGGAAUAUGGUAGUCUCGAGAGCUCUGAGGUUCGCCGGGCAGGCAGGAAUCUGUAGCAUUGACUAAGGACAACCCAUGUAUCCACA